AUGGUCAACGCCUCUGCUGCCGCCAUCACCGACCCCGCCUAUGACCAGUGCUGGAUCUGCUACUCCUCUCAACCGCCAUUCUACGAAGGCAUUGCUGUCCUCGGCUCUCCAUUGAAUGUCUCUGACGCCAACGAACUCCGCUGGGAAGUGGGGCCCACGCACCGAUUGACUUUGGGACAUGUGGAAAACUUCCACCAACUGUCCCUUGCUGUGGAGGCUGAUGUCCUUGAACUUAAACAGGGCCUUAACUACCUAACUGACACUGUUGAUGAGGCAACCAAACGUUCAGUACAGGUCCACUAUCAGCAGCUCUCCCAACAUGACCCCGAAGGGCUGGAUAACUUGGAAAAGCCCACACUUCAGCCCCUGAGCUUUGCGGAGUUCGAGCACCUGAGCAACCAGGGUGGCUUACCACCUGAAGCAUCAUUUUGGAGGAGGUGGCUGGCACGGACGCCGGGCUACACGAGAAGCACAGCUGGUCCCCGGAUCAGGCUCCCCUCCCUAGCAGUCAGCUCUCCGAGCUGCACCCCGGCAGGAGUGUGUGCUGUGACAUCUGUGGGCCACCUGCACCUGGCUCUGGCCCCUGCGAAAGAAACCACGGGUAUCUUUGGGAUUCAGCUUAGAGUGGACCCCAAACUGUCUAACAGGCUCACCAGUUCAUGUGGCCCUGGGGACAUUGAGUGUCAGGGGGAGUAUCGAUCCACUUUGGAGACUUCUUUGGAGGAGACUUUGGAGGCUCCUGGCCCUUGUUGGGAUGCCGCUUGCAGUGAAGUACCAAGGGGAACCAGGACAAGAAGCUCUCCAACCCAAAAGAAGAGUGGCGGCAGUGGCAGUCUGGGAAGAGGCCCAAUGGCCUCCAUGGCCCCUGCCUUGCCUCAGGAGAACUUCAUGUCCAGCUUCAGCUUCAUCUAGCUCUCACUCAGUUCUGCUGAGGACUGGGGGGAAGCAGAAGGCUGCCCUCCACGAAACACAGAGGGUACAGCUGACACCUCAAGCAGGUCCAAAGGGGACCCCCAGCUUCUCUCACUGUCCUUCAAUGUCAAGAAGACUCAAGGCCUAACUGACUCUGUGCAGGCUGCAACGGACAGUCCCAGGCAGGAACAUGAGAUGCUCUUUUUGGUAAAGUCCUUAAGAUCAAAACUUCAGAAGCUUCAAGAAAAAGCAGUGAAUGAUGAUUAUGAUAAAUGUGAUUGCUCUUCUGUGAUGAAAGAAAUUGAAGCCUUUCAAGCAAGGACGACUGUGUUGGACAAAGAUCACCAACUGAGAAGGGAGAUUAAAGGACUGGAGCAGCUUCUUCCAUGGCAGGGAUGUGACCUGGCCCCCCUGGUGGACAGAAUGUCCCUGUGUGAGCUGCAGGUGGUCAACAAUGCUCUGCAGGACACACUGACCACAGCAACUCAGAUUUCUCUACAUACAGAACCACCUGAAACCAUAAAGAGGCAUUAG